AAACAACUACAAGUUAAUAAAAAAAAACUUGUUAUUAUUUAUUUAUUUAUUUAUUAUUUAUUUAUUUAUUUAUUUAAAAAACCUAUAAAUAUUAUUAAUUUAUUACAAAACAUUAUAGUUUAAUAUUAAGUUAUUAAAAUUAUAAUUUCAAAAUGAAAAGAUUACUUUCAUUAUUAUUACUCGCCUUUUUGGUUGGGUCAAUUGGUGCUCAAGAUUGCCAAACCGAAGUUAAUACCAAUGUUCAAGCUGCAACUGCUGCAUUAAGCGAUCAAUUUGGUCCAGGGGCAUCACAAUCAGGCCAAGCAAUCACAUUAAAUAGGGUUUCAGUUCCAAACACUGCUAAUAACUAUAACUUUGUUAGAAAUGGUAUCGUUUCAUCCAAUGGUGGAUCAAAUCUUUUCAUCUCAGGUUCAAUCCAACCAGUUUCUGGUGAAACUGGUGCAAGCUAUGGUGUCCGUUUAGCUUUUACUAAGACAGGAACUCCAUCAGAUGUCAAAAAGGAAUUAACAGACGCUGCUUAUACAACCGGAGGUGUUGACCCAAAUACUUGGAACUUUUAUCAAAUUGAUCCAGCCAACUCAGAAUUAAUUGGUUAUGGUGAUGCACAAGGUACUACCAUUUCUUUAUUAGAACAUCCAACUACAGCCCUUCAAGUUGGUAAAGGUGCUUCAGGUAAAAAUGUUAACAAUGGUCUCUCAGGUUGGUUCUUAAUGAAUAUUACCAGUGCUAAUAAUCCAAAUGCUAACUUAAUUACUCAAGGUGAUCAAGUCCUUGAUAUCAAUGUUAAUCUUGGUUGCGAGGGUGGUUUCAACUGUGUUGAUUACACUCUCACCACUGCCCAUGUCAAUACAACAGAAACCGCUCAAACUGUUGAUAAUGAUCAAGCCCUUUUUGUCUCUGAUUCAAAUACUAACCCAUUCUUUGGAAAUAACCAUCAAUGGGAAUUUGUUCCAAACACUCAAGGUUCAUUACAUUUUGAUACUACCAAUGGUCAUGCUUCAAUUUUCUUCCAUCUCCUUCCAAAAGGUGUCACUCAAGUUACAUCAAACAAUGUAUUAACCUGUUCCUUAAAUUACGUCCCAACUGUUGCUCCAUCAAUGCCAAAACAAGAAUUAAAACCAGAAUUAUACGUUUCAAAUGGUGGUUCAGUUGAUCCAUUUGCCUGGGCUUUUUAUGCUCUUGAUCCAAGUAACUCAAGCUGUACUUUAGGUAACGCCACCCUCUCUGGUUUCUCUGAACAAGAUAGUAUGCCAAUGCAAUUAGGUGCUGGUGCCUCAGGUAAAAACUCUAACUUUGGUCUUUCAUCAUGGAUUGCUUAUGAUGGUGGUUUCUUUGAUAUCAAUUUAGAUGCCAACUGUGGUGGUGCCAAUACUAACUUACCAGGUACUAGUGCUCCAACUACUCCACCAACUGCUCCACCAGCUGAAACUUGUCCAGCAGGUUGUCAACCAAUCCCACUCCCAACCAAUAACCCAACUGAAACUCCAGCUGGUAAUGAUGCCACCAACGUUGGUAUCUCUAAAUUAUUUGUUGCUAUUCUUUCACUCUUUGUUUUAGCUUUCUUCCAUUAGAUAGUUUAGUCUAAUAUAGAUAUUAAAACAAAUUAAUUUAAAAUAUAUUCAAUAAAUUUUAGUUUAAAAUAUAAAAUAUUUUUUUUUUUUUUUUUUUUUAAGAGAAUAAUAAAAUAAUU